CAUAAUUUUCCAAACACAAGAAUUCGAGUUGAAUAUCUUGCACUUACUACAAAAGAAAACAAACUGCAAAAAAAAUGGCGUCAUCAAGAUUUCAACUUGUUGCCCUUCUCGUGAUCUUCUCGCUCGUUAUUUCUGCCCAAUCUCAAGAAAAGGAUAUACUGGACGGACCGUGCCGCUUGAGAGGAACGUGCAAACAGGACAGCGACUGCGACGUUCAUUGCCAUCGUAGCACCGACCCUCCAGCCAUGGGCGGCCACUGCCUCUUGGCUAGACCCUCUGGUCCCGUUUGCUGCUGCCUUUUUGAUUAAUCCGAUCCUUUUUAAUUCUUUCACUCUUCAUGAUCAAUAAAGCGAAGAAUAAAAGAAGCGAUAUAGUGUUUCUUAUAAUUUUUUUUUCUUUCUUUACCACAUAGACUAAUAGACACUUGUAUCAUCAUGUCAUGAUAGUCUUUUUUUUUAAUUGUAAGAAAAUGGCUAUUAUUAGUGAACAUUUAUAUAAUUUAUUUAUAUUUUCUUAAAAGUUUUGUUUUUGUUCUUAAUUCAUCUAGGCCAAAAGAAAAAUAUCAUUUCUUCUGCAAAGAUAGCAACUUCUGCUAACUUGCUUGUGCUGUAUUAUUUAAACCUCAGAACUACCAUCAGUUGAGAGAUUUGGCCAUUGUUGAAUAUGAUGCAAUAGACAACAAAUAGGUAUAUGUAUAUAUACAUACAUA